AUGGCAGGAGUCCAACUUUUCCGCGACAAAUUUGAUCUCAAGCUUCUUAUCACUCACUUAUCGGCUCUCCGCAUCAUCCCUCCCCCAUCUUUUCUACCUUCAUUCUCGCAGCUCACCCAAUACUCUUGGACUUUUCGGGUUGCGCUCGAACAUGUAGCAGCCAUGGUCUCUACCCUUGAUUUGGACGACCUGGAUGCAGUCACGGUCUGCUCGUCCGACGAUGAUCUGGACGCGACGCAUCCCAUUACUCACGCUCAUCCUUCUCCCAAACCUGAAAAGAUCACACCCAAACUUGAGAACUUCUCUCCUUCGCCCUUCCGCUCUACACCAGGAGUAACGCGCUCGGUCCCAAAAUCAUCACCCCCAGACCAAAAGAUUCCGAUAGACGAUUACUUAGAUGAAAAACCUAGCGACGAUGAUUCGUUCAAUGAGGGGGAAGCUGUAUACAAAGAGUUCAAGAAUCGCAAAUCCCGCAAGCGAAAACGAACCUCGACAGCCGCGGCAAAGAACAAGCCAACCAAAGUCGCAGCCAAAGACGCAAUCGUCGGUCGAGUACCCAAGAAGAGGGAAGUCAAAGGAUUUCUGCCGAAGUACAUGCGAGAGUAUGGGGAAGAUGUACUGUCUGAUGAUGACUUGAUGGAAGAUACACUUCCCGACUACUUGCAGAAGCGCCGACUUCAGUUUGAUCGGCGGCAGGAACACCUACAGGACGCUGGCCUGAAACUGCCUCCAGACUACGACCAAGUCUAUUUCUCUGACGAUGGCCGACUGGAGUUUCUCCGUGAAAAGCCAGCAUUCAGGGAUAUCAAGCCAUGCGCCGAAUACAAGGACAUCACGCUGCCCUGCUCUCUGGGAAUUAUCCCGGCACCCAUCGCCCAGUGGCUUCGUCCCUACCAGGUAGACGGUGUUGCGUUCCUGCAUCAACUGUUUGUUUACCAGAAAGGAGGUAUCCUUGGGGAUGAUAUGGGUCUAGGGAAGACCGUCCAGGUGAUCGCCUUCCUAACCGCCGCAUACGGCAAGACAGGAGACGAAAGAGAUGACAAGAGAAUGAGAAAGAUGCGAAGGAGUGAAGGAGAUCUAUGGUACCCGCGGACCCUCAUCAUCUGUCCGGGGACCUUGAUCGAAAAUUGGAAGUCGGAGCUCUCCCGCUGGGGCUGGUGGCAUGCAGACGCCUACCAAGGACCCAACAAGGACCUGGUUCUUCAUGCCGCUAGAUCUGGGCGCGUUGAAAUCAUGAUCACGACUUACACCACGUAUCUGAAAAACAGAGACUCUGUGAAUCUUAUUGAAUGGGACUGUGUCAUUGCAGACGAAUGCCAUGCCGUCAAGGAGAGAAGCUCAGAGACCACAAAAGCGAUGAACGACAUCAACGCUCUUUGCCGUAUCGGCUUGACGGGUACCGCCAUUCAGAAUAAGUAUGAAGAGCUCUGGACUCUGCUGAAUUGGACGAAUCCUGGUAAACUGGGUCCUGUGACAACGUGGAAGAGCCACAUCUCAGAACCACUGAAGGUGGGCCAGUCGCAUGAUGCCACAGUACAACAACUAAGACGAGCCCGUCUGACGGCAAAAAAGCUCGUGGAGAACCUUCUGCCUCAGUUUUUCCUCCGGCGGAUGAAGACGUUGAUUGCCGACCAGCUUCCCAAGAAAGUCGACCGCGUCGUGUUUUGCCCUCUUACCGAUACCCAAGCAGAAGCAUACGAGAACUUGCUCAGCAGCGAUAUUAUUCAUUACAUCAAGACCUCGUCAAUGAAGUGCGAUUGUGGCUCCGGGAAAAAGGCCGGUUGGUGUUGUCAACAGUAUCUACCUUCGGGUAGGCGUUGGCAAACAUAUGUAUUUCCAGCUAUGCAGAUUCUACAAAAGCUGAGCAAUCAUCUGGCUAUCCUUAUCCCACAGAGUACGGAUCCUUUCGAAAAGCAAGAAAAGGACAAGGAAAUGCUGGAGAUUGCAGUGCCAGACCAAUGGGAGAAGCUCUAUCGUACUAGAGAUUCCAUCUUGAACUAUGCCGAUGCAGAGUAUUGUGGGAAAUGGAAGGUUCUCAGAAGACUCCUUAAAUGGUGGCAUGGCAACGGGGAUAAGGUCCUCGUUUUCUCGCACAGCGUUCGUCUUUUGAAGAUGUUACAGAUGCUGUUCAAUCAUACAAGCUAUAAUGUUAGCUACCUGGACGGAUCGAUGCCGUACGAAGACCGGGCCAAGGCCGUCGCCGAUUUCAACUCUGACCCGCGACAAUUCGUGUUUCUCAUUUCCACUCGAGCUGGCGGAGUCGGACUGAACAUCACAUCAGCAAACAAGGUCGUAAUCGUUGACCCUAACUGGAACCCAUCUCACGAUCUUCAAGCCCAGGACCGGGCAUAUCGAAUAGGCCAGACGCGCAACGUCGAAGUCUUCAGGCUCAUAUCUGCUGGAACCAUCGAAGAGAUUGUCUACGCUCGGCAAAUAUACAAACAGCAGCAAGCAAACAUCGGCUACAAUGCCAGCUCCGAACGCCGCUACUUUAAAGGAGUGCAGGAGAAAAAGGACCAGAAAGGCGAGAUUUUCGGCCUGCAGAACAUCUUCGAGUACCAAAACGACAACAUUGUGCUCCGCGACAUCGUCAACAAGACAAACGUUGCCGAAAGUAAAGCUGGUGUCCAAGUCAUGGACAUCGAACUGGAACUUGACGACGCAGACUCCGAAGACGGGCCCCGUAGCAGAAACCCGGACGGCGACGACGAAGCCAUGAGCCAGCUCGCCGCUAGGAUCCGAGGCGAAGCCAACGACGAUGACGAUUCUUCGCCUUUCAAACAAGAAUCCAACACACCAUCCAAGCACGACCCCGUCCAAGCCAUCCUCGCCGGCGCAGGCGUCGAAUACACCCACCUGAACAACGAAGUCGUCGGGUCCUCCAAGGUCGAAGAACAGCUCAGCCGACAAGCCCAGCUCGCAGAGGACGACAGCAUCGCCAACAUGCAGGUCUUCUGCGGCUCACAGGACGAGGUUGCUGGCAGUGUGGUUGCUGCGGCGUUCAAGAAGAACGGCCGACAUGUAACGUUCAAGUACAACCCGCCGGAAGACGUCAUGAAGCGCCAGUUUUGUAGCAUGGCAAGGCGCUUUGGGUUUCCUAAUGCAACGGAGUUUGCGCUUGUUGUUGAGGGGAUGACGCAGGAGGAGAGGAGGGUUUGUCUUGAGAAGUGGUAUCGCGAGAGGAGGCAGGCGCUUCUUGAGCAGGCUGCUGCUUCUGGGAAUGAGGGUUCAGUGAGAUCAUGA